AUGUUACCCUAUGUGGAUGCCUUGUUUGGCUACCCUGCUCAGCUUACAGGCGCAUCGGUGGAUGAGCUCAAACUGAUCACCUCGUUCCUGCUUUCCUAUCCGCUCGCCGCCCUACUGAAACGCAUCCCCGACGCCCAGCCCUGGAAGAAGAAUGCAUUUAUUAUCGGCGCCUCGCUCUUCUACGUCGUCGGCCUUUUCGACCUCUGGGAUGGCCUGCGCACACUCCUCUACAGCGCAGCUGGCACCUAUGCCAUUGCAUACUACGUUGAUGGCUCGCUCAUGCCCUGGAUAGGAUUCGUCUUCCUUAUGGGCCACAUGUCGAUCAGCCAUAUCUACCGCCAGAUCCUCGACGACCCGCAGGUGAUCGACAUUACGGGAGCACAGAUGGUACUAGUCAUGAAACUGACCUCAUUCUGUUGGAACAUCCACGACGGCCGUCUGCCUCAGGAGCAGCUGUCGGACGCUCAGAAGUACUCCGCCGUCCCCGAGUUCCCCGGUAUCAUUAACUACUUGGGUUACGUCCUGUUCUUCCCAUCGCUGUUCGGUGGUCCCUCCUUCGACUAUGUGGACUACCGCCGUUGGCUUGACACGACCCUCUUCGACAUUCCGCCAGGCACAGACCCGUCCAAGGUUCCUCCGACCAGAAAGAAGCGCAAGAUCCCGCGCAGCGGAAUUCCGGCCGCAAAGAAGGCCGCCAUCGGGUUGGGCUGGAUCUUCGCUUUCCUGCAGCUGAGCGGCUAUUUCACCAAGGAGUUCGUGCUAUCAGACGCCUUCCUGGAGUUCGGCUUCCCACGCCGCGUCUUCACCGUGUACAUGCUCGGUUUCGUCACGCGCCUGAAGUACUACGGCGUCUGGUCCCUGACCGAGGGUGCCUGCAUUCUCUCUGGCAUGGGCUACAACGGCUUCGAUGCCACAACCGGCAAGGUCUUCUGGAACCGGCUCGAGAACAUCGACCCCUGGAGCCUCGAGACCGCCCAGAAUUCGUACACUUACCUCGGCAGCUGGAACAAGAACACGAACCACUGGCUGCGCAACUAUGUCUAUCUGCGCGUCACACCGAAGGGCAAGAAGCCCGGCUUCCGCGCGAGCAUGGCUACCUUUGCAACCAGCGCGCUGUGGCACGGCUUCUACCCGGGCUACUACCUGACCUUCGUGCUGGGCUCAUUCAUCCAGACCGUGGCAAAGAACUUCCGCCGUUAUGUGCGCCCCUUCUUCCUCACACCCGACGGCACCAAGCCGACACCCAACAAGCGCUACUACGAUAUCCUCAGCUGGGUAGUAACCCAGCUCACGCUCGGCUUUACCGUCCUCCCCUUCAUCAUGCUCAGCUUCAAAGACUCAAUGACCGUCUGGGCGCGCGUCUACUUCUACGGCGUCGCCGGCACCCUAAUCUCCCUCGCGGUCUUCGCCUCCCCGGCAAAGGCGUACCUGGCCGGCCAGUUGAAGCGCCGCAACAGGCCGCACAUGCCGCGCACGAUGAGCCAGGAAACCGUACGCCCGCCGACGCUGGGCCUGCCGAAUGACCCGGAACGCGACUUCGACGAGGCCGUGGCGGAGGUUAUGGCCGAAAUUGAGGCGCGGAGGCGUCGGGGCAGCGUGGUCUCGGUGCCUACUGGGGAGGAGCUGAAGGUCGCUGUUGAGCAGAAGAUCGGGCGGAAACUUUAG